UUUUUUUUUUUUUUUAAAUGUUCAUGUUCAUUGCUCAAGUGCACACUCUCCAUGUGAUCAGCAUGCUCUCUUAUAUUUUAUACACGGCUUUGUCAGGCUUGGCCAUCGUUCCGUUCUUGCUUUACUGGCGAAAUCCGUACUUUUUGCACGACCUGCGUUACGCGGUCACGGUCAUGCGAGUCGCCACGCAGCUCUCCAAAUUCUCCACCAAGAAGCCCUUCUACAGCAUUCUCGACCGUUUCCUGGAGAAAGCGGCCAAGCAGCCGCACAAGAAGUUCAUCGUGUUUGAGGAGAGCAGUUACACGUACAGGGAAGCCGACCGGGAGAGCAACCGCGUGGCCGCGGCACUGUCGGCUGUGCUGAAGCCCGGAGAGACGGCGGCCGUGUUCGCGGGCAACGAGCCGGUCUUCGUGUGGAUCUGGCUCGGCCUCGCCAAGCUCGGGUGUACCGCUGCCUUGCUCAACUACAACAUACGCUCCAAAUCUCUGCUGCACUGCUUCUCGUGCUGCGACGCCAAGAUUCUGCUCGCGGCGGCCGAACUACGAGGGGCCGUGGAGGAGGUGCUGCCGAGCCUGAAGCAGCAGGGCGUCCGCGUGUUCAUCCUCGGCGACAGCGAGGAGUCCGAGGGCGUCGAGUGCCUCUCGGAGAAAAUUCGCCGGGCCUCCGACCGACCUCCGUCGCCCGAGCUCCGGGCCGACGUUAACCUCAAGAGCCCCGCACUGUACAUUUACACCUCAGGAACCACAGGGCUUCCCAAGGCAGCAGUUAUUAACCACGAGCGGAUAUGGAUGGCAAGUUUUCUUCAGUCAGUCGCUGGCGUACGCUCGGAUGACGUCGUCUACAUCUACCUGCCUCUUUACCACAGUUCCGGCUUUCUCAUGGGAUUGUGUGGAGCCAUUGAAAAAGGUAUCACCGUUGUAUUAAAACGUAAAUUCUCCGCGUCGAACUUCUGGAACGACUGCAGGAAGUACAAUAUUACAGUUAUUCAGUACAUAGGAGAGAUUAUGCGAUACCUCUGCAAUACACCACAGAGGGACAACGACAAAGAUCACAAAGUCAGAAUAGCUUUGGGCAACGGGAUACGAGCCGACACCUGGGCCAAUUUUCUCCAACGCUUCGGUGGCGUUCGCAUCUGCGAGUGCUACGGAGCCACGGAGGGAAAUGUCGGCUUCGUCAACUACGUCGGGAAAAUCGGCGCCAUCGGAAAAGAGCAUUUCCUCCACAAGAUGGGUUGCCCGUAUGCCCUGAUACGGUACGACACGGAGAAAGAGGAGCCAGUCAGGGACUGCAGAGGAUUUUGCAUGGAAGUGCCCAGAGGCGAGACCGGUCUGUUGGUGUCCAAGAUCGGCUCGAGGACCCCCUUCUCGGGCUACGCCAAGAACAAGCAGCAGACUGAGAAGAAGAAGCUGAGGGAUGUGUUUGUGAAGGGAGACAUCUAUUUUAACAGCGGCGAUCUUCUCAGGAUAGACCACGAGGGGUUUGUCUUCUUCCAAGACCGCAUCGGAGACACCUUCAGAUGGAAAGGAGAAAAUGUAGCAACCACAGAGAUCGCCGAUCACUUGCUCAUGGUGGACUGCAUCGAGGAAGUGAACGUCUACGGCGUGAAGGUACCAGGACACGAGGGAAGGAUUGGGAUGGCGGCGCUGACCCUGAAAGAAAACAUGGACUUUGAUGGGAAAGCGGUGUACCAACACGUCAAAAGUUACCUUCCGAGCUAUGCCAGGCCGCGCUUUGUUCGCAUUCAGAAUGCACUGCAGGUGACCGGGACGUUCAAGCAGAUGAAAGUGAAGCUGGCCGAGGAGGGUUUCAACCCGAGCGUCGUCCAGGAUCGUUUGCUUUUCCUGGAGGACAAUCAAGGCUACGUCCCCUUGACUCGAGAGAUGUUCGACUCCAUAACGGAGGGAAAAAUCAAACUCUGAAUCGCUUUUUGUCUUCACCACCCGAAUAGCUGAGAAAUCCACACAAUAAGCCACGCAGUGACCAUGAAGCCUUCACAUACAGCGGAUCCCUUUUUCCGAUUCAUUUCAAAGCGUACAAAAAGCAAUAUUUCGUGGUUUUGUAUUCGUCUUUAUGAACAGUUCAAAAGAGAAUGCUUUGUUUUUGAUAAAAACUUGAUUUACUCCCAAAGAGACGUGUGACGAUCCCUAAUUCAGUGGUCUUCAAACUUUUUACACCAAGUACCUCCUGAAAAAAAUGCUUGAAUAUUGGGGGACGGGGUUUAAAAACUCGAUAAAGUGAAUUGAGAGAUUUGUUUCUAAAAGCA